AAACACGCCUAGCGUAAAUUUGCAACUUUAAAGUAUAACCAAGUAUAACAUAACCUAUAUUUCUGACAUUACCCUCUAUUAUCUAUGGACGUGUUCAUUGUAUAGGUUCAAAGCCGUUAAAAAGUUAGUAAGAAAUUUUAAAAAUUUUAAUAUUAAUAAGUGUUAUUUGUAGCCUUUUCAUCGGACAUAAAAGGCUUAUAGUAAAGGCUACUGUCGACAUCGUAAACAAUGGUCUCGGCUAGUGCUAACUGUAAAGGUAUUAUUUUAAAGAAACUAUCAAGUGCAGUUGUGUGUAGCAUUCUGACGCAAAUAGUUACCCUUUGUGCAUUCCUAUUUGUAACGAACAUUAAUGUACUUCAUCCAUUGGAAUGGUUUAAAAAUGUUCUUCAAGCAGUGUCGUCGAUAAAUACGUGGUUAUAUAUUUUUCCUCUUGCAAGUAUCGUUUUUGCACAAAGCAUCGUUAAUGCCAAGGAUUAUGUGGCUAAACCAAUGUAUAAUGUCUCCAAAUUUAGAAAAUUUAUAUUACACUUCUCUGUUCAUAGUAUUGUGUUACUGUUAUUACAUAUGAUGGCUGGGUUCCUAAAUAUUUGGCUUUAUUUAUCAUUAUCUGGAAAAAGAUACAGUCUCUUAUAUUAUUCCAAUGAAAAGAAUCAUUUUUGUUUGGCAGAAGAAAACUUAUUUAUUAUUUUAAGUGGCUUUUGGAUUGGAUUUUUUUUCUUCACAAGCUAUUGCACUCGGGAGAAGUUUAUACAGUUUCCUGUGCUUCAACAAAAAAAGUUGGUUCAAUUCAAAACACUGCUUUUUCCACUGUUUAAGGAAAGUAGGAGAAUGGCAACUUGGCCUGCAAUAAGUUACUUUUUAUUUUGUUUCUUUUGUAGAUCAGUUAUAUGUCAAACUAUUUCUAAUAUCUUAAAUGUGAUAUAUGAACCCAUUAGACUGAGUGUUACGUCUUACAUUUAUGUUUGGCUUUUUACAGUUGCUUACUAUUUUUUCAUGAAUCUCAUGAACCUGUUUUUUAAACUAUUUUUGACUGAAGAAAUUCAGUUUCCACUUGAAGAAAGCACAGGAACAUCUAUAUCACUAACAGUUGCUAUUCAAUACAGUAGAAUACCAAUCAUCCAACAUUUAGCUUGUUUAGAUCUGUACCUGUUAUCAGUAUGGUCUAUCAGCAGAAGAAAAGUGUUAUUUUCUUUAUCUCAGCCAGGGGAACAUCCUCGUUAUUGGAAUCAAGUUUUUGCCAGUGCAGUAAAAGUAAUUUCACAAUUUACUAAAAGUUUAAAUGAUUCAGUUAAUUUUAUAUUGGAACAACCCAAGAAAGAAGAAGCUAGAGAAAAGAAAACUUCAGUAACUGUGAGACAUGAAAGUCAAGCUGAACAAAAUAUAAUUGUCAGUGGUCAUAAAAAUUUUUUUUAUCAAGCAUCUUCAAAUACUCCAAAAUAUAGGAAUAUGCGAAAUAUGACUUUAAUUAACACAGAACCAACUAUUGAAACGGUACAAACUACUUAUCAGUUUCCUACAUUAGUGUUGAAACAGAUGGAAUUGUGUAUGCAAAUGAAAAUUAAACUAAGUGGUUUCAUGACCAAAUUAAAGAAAGCAUUUGCAUAUGAUUAUCUUUUUGGUGAAAUAACCGAGGCCAACGUUCAUAGCCUUUUAAGGAGUGGUCAACUUAUUGUCUGGUUAACUCAAGCACUUUCUAACAUAGCUGUCGCUGCUUAUUUUGAAGACACUUAUGGGGUAGUACAAAAAGAUUUACACAUCUUAAUAAUCACACUCUUGGAAUUAAGAGAGGGCAUUGAAAAGUUAAACAGACUAUUAAUGUUGAAUAAGAGAGGUCGUGCAUUUAAAGAACAUAGCAUCAGGAUGAAGCACAACAUUAAUGCAGCUGCAAAACGUUCUUUGUGCAAUAUCUGUUUAACCUACAAGGAUUGUAUUGAGGACUUGCCACUUAACCAGAAAGUUUUACUUCAACUACAGCACUACAGACAAACUGACGAAUCCUGCGGGACUGCUCCAGGUUAUUAUAAGAAUUCUACCUGAAUGUUUCAUGCAUCUGCAGAAUAGAAAUCCUUUUUUAUAAUAUGAAAAGCGACAAUGGACGUGUUAUGGAUGAAACCUGCACAUUCGUUGUUCGAUGAAAUAAUACUAUAUUUGAUAAAUAAUUUAAUAUUUUUUUAUUUUUACAUUUCCUAAUCUUUCUUUUUAUAUUAUGACGAUGUAAUACAGUAACAGUAAAAGUUAAAUAAACGCUGUAAAUGUGGUAAUUUAUUAUCCCAUUAUUACUUAAUACAAUAGCAUGCAAAUCAGUUAAUAUAAAAUUGAA